GGAAUUAUGAAUCUUGAUCAAUACAUUACAUUUAAUCCUAAUUUGUCCUUGUUUGCCAACCAACCUAUGAUGAGAAAAAUUGUUCAUUUAGCAAUUGACAGAGCAAUUCUAGAACGAUCUGUUACAAUAGCGGGAAUUUCAACCCGUGAAUUAAUUGUCAAAGACUUUGCGAUGGAACCUAAUGAGGAAAAAAUGAGAAAUUCUGCACAUUUGAUGGUACAAAACUUAGCUGGGAGCUUGGCUUUAGUCACUUGUAAAGAACCAUUACGAAUUAGUAUGGUCACACAUUUAAGAAAUUUACUUGUGCAGAAUGGUUUCAAUGAACAAAGCAUUUCCGAUCAAGCGAUCUUGAUGAUUGUUGCUGAUAAUUUGGAAUUAGCAUGUUCAUUUAUUGAAAAAGCUGCUAUGGACAAAGCUGUACCUGAAAUUGAUGAAUCAUUAGCUUCAUCUUUCAGUAAUCGUAAAAAACAUCGCGAGCGAACUGGGCAACCAUAUUAUGAUAUGACAGUUUAUUCCGGUAUUUCACGUUAUAUGGGAAAUCUUCCAGAACCAUUACGACUAAAGACCAAUGGAUUGCAACCUCAGCAAUUGCGUGUUUAUGAAGAUUUCUCUCGAAUUCCCCGUCUUAGCAGCCAAGCGGCGGCAAUAUAUGGACUAUUAGAUGAACGUAAUUCACGGGUUAAUAUGCAUAGGGGACAAGAAUUUCCUCUUGGUCAUCCUUAUAAUUCAGCCGAAUUACCAUUUGAAGGCGGACAAAUACACAUGCCCAUUUCUGCUCACCAAAGUGUAGAGAAAUUUAAUCAAUUACUUUCAGAAUUGGAUAAACUGAUAAGCAAGAAUCCUCAGGCUUCAUGGAAUUCUUUACCCCCUAACAGCGAAAUUCGGUAUUAUGUCAAAGAGAUACCUCUUUUAGCGACUCAAUCAUUUAAUCGUGACGAGACAGCAUUACAUUUUUCACAAAAAGUAGUUCAAUUACUAUAUAAGAAUGAAUCUAACUUAUCACGUGAAGUUUAUGUUACAUUACUUGAAAAAUUGUGUGAGACUUCAUAUAAAGUCACCAAAGAAGUGACUGCUUGGUUGCUUUACGCUGAUGAUGAGCGAAAAUUUAUAGUACCAGUAGUUAUUGCUUUAAUAAAAGCUGGUCUUAUAAAUGUUGGUGAUCAAGAUACCCAACUCGCCAAGCUCAUUGAAAACGGAAGGCCUAUAGUGAUUGAAUUCACUGCAAAAUUAAUUCGCGAAGUUAUUCUGAAGGAUCCUCCAUAUGCCACACGUAAUGAUUUCGUUAAUUCACUGGAUGCUUUAACUAGGCUUUCCCAACGUGGAAAAGCUCCUGAAAGCGUGAUUCAACUUUUAGAAGAUCUUCGUUUACGUGCAAGUCGAGAAUCUCUAAAUAAAGACGUUGAGAAUUAUGGUAUACGUGAGCAAUUGACUUUUUAUUUUGCUGAAUGGGUUAGAGUAUAUCAACAUCCAACUUCAAAUGAAAAAACCUAUGCAACAUUUAUUAUGCAGUUACAACAACAAGGCGUACUAAAAGGCGAAGAAAUUUCAUCCACAUUUUUCCGUGCCUGUACUGAAAUGAGUGUAGAUCAUUAUCUGAAACAGAAAAGUAGUCACUCUUCACCUCAUAUAGCUUAUCAAGCAAUUGAUGCCUUUUCCAAACUUAUUGUUUUAUUGGUGAAAUAUCAUUCGGAUUCUGAAGGUGUUAAUCAUAACGUUGCAAAAAUUAAUUAUUUGUCAAAGAUUUUAUCAAUCAUUGUUUUGGUGCUGGCACAAGCACAUGAACAACGCAGACAGCAAUUCAAUCAGAAACCAUUCUUUCGAUUAUUUUCCAGUUUAUUGAAUGAUUUAAAUACUUAUGAACAACAGCUUCAGCCUAUUUAUUACCAAAUACUUACUUCUUUGAGCACUACUUUUCAUACUCUUCAACCAUUCUUUUUCCCCGGAUUUACUUUCGCAUGGCUUGCCUUGAUAUCCCAUCGUCUUUUUAUGCCCAAACUGUUAUUGGCUGAAAAUCAAAAGUUUUUAGUUCCGUUUUUACGUAAUGUUGAAAUGAGGGAGACAACACGCUUGCUAUAUAAAGGAACAUUAAGAGUUUUACUUGUGUUGUUGCAUGAUUUCCCAGAAUUUCUUUGUGAUUAUCAUUUCAGCUUUUGCGAUGUAAUCCCACCAUCAUGCAUUCAACUCCGUAAUCUCAUUUUAAGUGCAUUUCCACGAAACAUGAGAUUACCAGAUCCUUUCACCCCAAAUUUGAAAGUAGAUUUGCUUCCCGAAAUUUCACAAUCACCACGUGUUUUGAGCGAUUAUGCAUCUGCCUUGUAUGCCAAUAAUCUUAAAAAUGAUAUAGACACAUAUUUAAAAACACGCACACCAAUAUCAUUUCCAAUGGAAUUACGGAAUAAACUCAUGAAUGAUAAUAGUAAUCAACCUGAAAUAGCAUCUACUGGAUCAAAGUAUAACGUUCCUGUUAUAAAUUCUCUUGUCUUAUAUGUUGGAAUUCAAGCGAUUAGCCAAAUUCACAAGUCAUCUCAGGGAAUUACUCACAGUGCACCAAUGGAUAUAUUUCAACAGUUACUAAUUGAUAUGGAUUCUGAAGGUCGUUAUCUCUUCCUUAGUGCUAUAGCAAAUCAACUUCGGUAUCCAAAUAGCCACACUCACUAUUUUAGUUGCAUCUUAUUGUAUCUUUUCGCUGAAGGCAAUCAAGAAGUAAUAAAAGAACAAGUGACCCGAGUUCUCUUGGAAAGAUUAAUUGUCAACCGUCCACAUCCAUGGGGUCUCUUAAUAACAUUUAUUGAACUUAUUAAAAAUCCUCGGUAUAAUUUUUGGAAUCAUUCCUUUACGAGAUGUGCAGCGGAUAUUGAACGUCUAUUUGAAAGUGUCAGCCGGUAA